UAUUUAAUUAUUUUCAUGUGAUCCAAUCCCCAUCCUCCAUACCUUAGGUACAUAAAGACUACCUAGUCUUAUACCAUUGCACGCCAACGUAUCAACCUAUAGGUUACCUAACUAGUAGACGAAUUGUCUCUCCAACUAAGAGAUACAACCACUGCAAUGGCAGCAGUAGCAAGCGGACAAGAAGCAGCAGCAGCAACAGCAGCUUCUCAGCAAGCGCCGGCAUCCCCCCCGCUACCGGCGAGACAUACGGCGCUGACGCCGGGGCCGCGAGCGUCGCGGUUUCAGCAGGUGCUAGACUCGAGCUUGUCGCACACGCUGUCCAAGAUCAGCUGGGAUAACUUCGCGGCCUGCUACCCGACCAUCGCGGCGCAGGCGCCGGCCGUGCUGCGCGCCGUCCAGAAGCAGAUGGUGGACCGCUUGGGUGCGCUGUGUAAGAAAGAAUUCGAUUCCGUGCUGCAGGGCCGCAACGUGGUGGCUAAGCUUAACGAGCUCGAGAGCCUGGUCAGCGAGGCCGAGCGCAGGAGGGAUGACGCCGGCGUGGUUGGGUCGGAGGCGCCUGUUCCGUAAGUGGUGGAUAUUUCUACUUUCUGUUUUGUUUACGCAUAUAAGUCGCCAUUAGACUAUGUUCUUUCACGUACGACCAUAGGAUCUGGAAAAUUCGGGAUCCCGUCCGCUCUCCCCUAGACAAGCCGGAUACCGCCGGAUUAGUAGUUGGGUCGGUGAC